GAACCUCAACGCCCGCCUCCCCCCGCAGCGCGGGGGCGGCGGCUGCGGGGACCCGCCCGCGGGCGGUGCUGCCGCCAGGGCCGGCCCCGCCGCCGCAGCGUCCUGGGCUGCUCCGCGCCGCGGCUGAGGCACCAAGAUGGCUGUUCUCUCAAAGGAGUAUGGCUACGUCAUCCUGACGGGGGCCGCCAGCUUCGUCUUGGUCACAUACCUGGCAGUGAAAGUGGGCAAGGCCCGCAAGAAGUACAAUGUGGAGUAUCCAACCAUGUACAGCACAGACCCUGAACAUGGGCAUAUAUUCAACUGCAUCCAGCGUGCGCACCAGAACACAUUGGAAGUUUACCCUGCCUUCCUGUUCUUCUUAGCCACUGGUGGAGUCUACCACCCGCGGAUUGCCACAGGGCUUGGCAUCACCUGGAUCCUUGCGAGAAUCCUUUAUGCCCAUGGCUACUACACAGGAGGUAGGUCUUUACCGAAUGAGAGGGGCCAUCGGUUCAGCUGCACUCAUUGGGCUGGUGGGCACAGGUGUGUAUUCAGCUUGCCAGCAUCUCGACUGGAUCUGACCAUUGUGAUGGCUGCCAGGGAAACUAAAGGGAUUUUUGUUUUGUUUACUUUGGAACAUUUCAUUUGUUGGGUUUUUUCACCCCUCCAUUUAAUAAAAUGAAGUUGUCAAUUGUG